AUCGUCCUGUAGUCGUGCGUGAUACCCGUAGCCGCGUACGCUGGUUGUUGUUAUCAGCUACGGGGUCCCUUGAACCUCGUUCGUUAAAUUUCGAUGGAUCGGAGCUGGUCACCGACAUGAUUAUUUUACACGUAGCUGCGAGCAGGGGCGACAGUGUUUUCAAAUAUUCGUAGAUUUAUCAUGCUGAAUGAUGCGCGUUAAUUUAUAAUUAAUUUAUUAAUUUCGGUUUUAUAUAAAUGUCUAAAACGUUUAUUACGCUGUGAUUAAUUGAUAUCCUAAGUUAUUUCCAAGUAAUCGUUAGCGUGGUAGUUUGAUCGCUUAAGUAAUCGUUUGAUAUUUAUAAAACUGUAACAUAAACGAGUUACUCGUGUAUAUCGUAUAAGAUAACGAAAAAUUGUACAUAUCGGUUUUUAGUCAAAUUUUGUGUGCUUCGAGCAUUUUUUCUAUUUAAUUAAUGGUUCCCGCGCGUAACAACAUGUUCCUCGUUUGCGUGACCGUGGGGCUCGUCUUCUUGGCGUCGAAGUAUCGCAACAACGUACUUCACAGCGUCAAAAACUUAUACGAUAAUAUAAAAAUUCGAGAUGAUAAUAAAAAUAAGAAUAAGAAAAAUAAAUCCGAUGCUAACAAUAAACACGAUGAUAAUAUUAAAAGUAACAAUGAGAAUAAUGAUGACAAUAAGGAAAUUAAACUUAUAUUAGACAAGAUUAUCCUGGCAGACUCUCCGGAGAAGUGCGAUUACGCCGUACAGCGUAUUCGUUGCAAUCUGUCUGAUGGCGUUUUGGGUUUUGAUUGCGAAUGGGUCAAAGAAGGAUCCGUUUCUUUGUUACAAUUAGCCACUUUCAAUGGAGUAGUUGCUUUGUUUCGCAUUGGAAAAAUUGGAUAUAUUCCAACUAAACUCAAGGAAUUGCUAGCUAGUAAACACAUCCUUAAAGUUGGAGUCGCUUCAUAUGAAGAUGGACAAAAGAUAGUAAAGGAUUAUGGAUGUAGAGUUAGUGGAGCUCUUGAUUUAAGAACUUUAGCGGAUGCCUUACAUCUGCCAAGCCGAAAAAGCUUAGCUGCCAUGAGUUUAGAGUAUCUUAAUCUUGAGAUGGACAAAAUAGCAGAAGUGAGGUGCGGCGACUGGGACGUUAGCACCCUGUCCGACGAACAAGUGGCAUACGCUGCUUGUGAUGCACUAGCAUCGGUUAUUAUCUAUCAUAAAAUAAUGCAAAGAGAAAAAGCAAAAUAUUCAUUAUGGCAAAGAUUAUGGAUUUAUUUGUGUAAUAUAUUGAGCGAAGAUGUUAAUGUGCGAAUUCAUGGCGUGCCUGCUAGAACAGUUGAUACGAGGUUCAAGGCUCUGCGAUCACCAAGUGUAGAUAGCAUUACUAGUAAUAAGAUUUUAAAUAACAUAAAGUCACCAAUAAUGGAUAAAAACAAUAAUGCUGAACGUAAAAAUACGAUACCUACAAGGGUUAAACCAUUAUAUCAUAAUUGUUACUUACAAGCGCCUGACGGAGAUAUAUUGUGUACAUGUGACCGUAAAAAGGCAGAAUGGUAUAUUACGAAAAAAUUAGGAGUACUUGUGAAUACAGAUCCAUAUACUGUGAGAUUAAACUUUGAGCCAUCUGGUCGUGCAUUGGGAGAAGUUGGGCAGUAUUAUACGCAGGUGAAAGUUAAUCAGUGCGUGGUCUGCGGAUGCACUGAGAAGUUUAUUAGGAAGAACGUCGUGCCGCGAGAGUAUCGAAAAUAUUUCCCGUUGGUAAUGAAAGCACAUCAAUCUCACGAUGUGUUACUGUUAUGUCCAGCCUGUCAUGAGAUCAGCAAUAACCAUGAUCUGCAGCUCAGAAGAAAGCUAGCAGAUAUGUGCGAUGCACCAUUAAUUGGUCCAAUGACGCACGUACGAGAUCGAUAUAUGAACAACUAUCGAAAAUUGCAUUCGGCUGUUAAUGCCUUACAGGAUAGAUUAUUGAUUCCUCAACGGCGACGCGAGGAGCUUGAAAAUUAUAUAUUAGAACAUACGGGACAGCAAAAGAUUACACCAGAGCUGCUCAAUGCCCUGAAUGAACAACUAAAGAACACACUGAUGCCAGUUAAUCAGUGCAAAUAUCAACCACAUGGCUUAAAGGUGGUACAAUAUUUCCAAAAACAAGAGUCUGGACUCGUUGAAUUAGAACGUAUGUGGAGGGAACAUUUCCUUACCACUAUGCAACCGAAAUAUUUGCCAAGUUUAUGGUCUGUACGCCACAAUCAAGAGCGGUUGAUCAUACGCCAGGCACAAAAUAGAAUUGAACCGCAAGAUGCGAAAGUAGCGGGAUUAACAAAGUAGCGCUGUAAUUUUAAAAUUAAUUGAAAAAGUUUCGUAUAAGAGCGAGAACUUCAGACUUGUAUAAAUCGAUAUAUCUCCAAAUAUAUAUAUAUAAUAUA